GGUUUCAUCUGCUCCUUCACCUUUUGUUCGUAACAUCUUGUAAUAACUGCCAUGUAGCCUGAUGAGAAACUAAAGCUCACCUUGAUUCAUUUGCAUUUGAAGGUGCCUAUUUUUCCCAAACACAAGGACCCAUCACUGAGCGGAAAGUAUGGAGAAUGUUAUCGACAUCAGUGAUUGUGAUGUUGGUUCCUGGAAAGCCUCCAUUGUUGGAGGACGAGAAGCCGUAUCCAAUUGAAGCAGCACAGGCUUCUGCGAUGACUGUGGAAACCACUGCUUAUGCCUUGCUUCAAGCGUUGUCAAGGAAUGAUAUCGACGAUGCAACACCGAUUGCGAGGUGGCUAACGAUGCAACAGAACUAUGGUGGUGGAUUUCACUCGACGCAGGUAAAUGCUUGAGAUCACAA